GCCCCGUGUUUCAUCUACGACUCUACACAAAAGCGCUCCCUUUUUCCCCCAAUCCUCUCGAUCGAAGAGCCCCUCUUCGAAGUCUCCCGUAAAUCCGCUCCAAGUUCCGAUUUUGAUCUCGUCCUCGUCCAAUUCGAUUCGUCCCCGUAGAAACCCUAAUCUCGGAUUCCUCGAUCUCCUCUAAUUUUCGAUUCCGGAUCAAAAGAAGAAGAACAUGCCGUGGGCACCAUUGUAUUCGAAUUACUACACGAGCAAGAAAUCCGUUUGCUUUGUCGUAUUUUUCCGGGUGAUUGUGUGAGGUUGCUACAAAUUUAGGUGUUUUCUUUUCAAAUUUUUUUGUUCUUCAUAUCGGUAUUGGAUUUGUGAGGAUGCACAUUGAGAUCGAUCUAAAGAGGUAUCGAACGGUGGAGGAGGUCGGCGAAAUAAUAAUGAAUGUUAGAAUCAUUGCUUACUGCCAAUUGAUGCAAGUUUGUCAGCCUGAGUACUUCCGCCAGUUGCUUAAGCCUGUCACGUAGUUCCAAGUUCUCGGCACGACGCGAUUUUAGCUUCGAUCUGUCCUAAACUACAUAAGGCAAUUGAAAUAAUAGGAUGGCUAACUUGGGGUAGAAGGUAUUUGUCUCCACCUUUGUCGCUGUACGGAAAAUAACACAGUUUCUGUGAAAAGGCAUAUUCCCUGUUUCAGUACUAUAGACCCAUGCAGGGGGACGCGAGAAUUUUAAACGGGAAGGGCUUCCUCUCUCACGAAUAUGAACUGGGUUGUACCCAAAACUCAGCAUUGAACGAUCACUAUCCAUAUAGCGUCCCUUUUCCGCCGCAGUUUCUAUCUCCACUCAGUGGAUUAGAGUUCCAGCCUUUGGAAAACUGCCCCAAAAACUUCAUCAUCUUUGACCACACUUAUGACAAAGGUUCUGUCAUGUUCCAUCCUGCCUUGGUCCGUAAGCUCGGUUCGCCCAAUUUGGACCUUUAUCCAUCGCAUCACGCGGAGAAAAAGGGAAAAAUUUCAAGCAGAAAGAAUGAUAUUUGUCAGGACAAGUUCUCUUCCUCUUUCGAGGAGGACUCGAAAGAUAUUGACGCAUUGCUUUGCUCGGACGAGGAGGGCAAUGAUGGAAAAAAAGAUGAUGAUGAUGAUGAUGAUGAUGAUGAUGUGGUCAGUACGGGGCGAACUCCUGAUUUUUCUUGCUCAGGAAAACAUGAACCGAGCUUUUCUCAAGAUUUCACGUUUGAUGGAUCAAUUAGUAAGGAGAAAAAGAGAGAAAAAAUGAGAAAGAUGGUCAGAGUUCUUAGGGAAAUAAUCCCUGGCGGCGACCGGUUGGACGCUCCCGCUGUUCUCGACGAAGCUGUUAGAUAUCUGAAGUAUCUCAAGGUGGAAGUAAAGAAGCUCGGGUUACAAAACUUUGAUGACCAAAGCUGCGAUUGAAAAAGUGGAGGUACUAUAGUAGACUCUUAAUAAGGUAAAAUUAUUGGUUUUGUUGCUAUUUCAUUUCUAUGCGGUGUCUGUACAUUACGAUCCGACAUACUAGUGUGCGUCCUCGAUUACUCGAUUGGAGCUUGUCGGUGCAUUUCCGAUAUGAAAGCUUGAACUUGCUACUAAAGUAUUGGCAACGAAAGAACGGAAGGUCGAGCUUUUGCUUUCGAGGAGAACCAUUAGUAGUGUUGCUCGUGGGAUUCUGAAGCCCUAAAGUGUGUGGUUACGGUGUAAGUGUGCUUUUAUCUUCUCUUCUUUUUUUUUUUUUGUAGAUAGUGGAGGGAGAGGACAUAUGGUGAUGCUCGAUGUAUUAGGUCGUCGAAAAUCCCCUUUUGUGUCUGGUCACAGCACUACCUCUCCCCUCCCUUUAAUUUCACCUCUCUUUUAGUGGGCACCCCAAUAUUAAACUCCUGUAAAAGGCCACCGUUGUCGCGCCUUUCGGAAUCUCAUAAACUGUGGGGUGUCCUCUAUAAAUGAUAUCCAUAUGUUGGAGCAUUGUGUGUAAGAAGAAGAAAAUGCUGUUUAAUAGUUUGAAAGUGAUUGGUGUUGCUUUUGUUUUUGUGA